UCCCGGAACUUAAAAAUUUUCAAGUCUCCCAUGCCCUGUCAUCGUGUAAACUCUAAAUGGUUUUCCAUUGUUAAAUUAUAACCUCGAUAAUCUAUCCGAUUUAUUGCAAAUUGGCUAAAGUUUCAGUCUUGGGUCACUCAAAUCAAUACUGUUCACUAUUUUUCUCGAGGGUUGGUUAAAUCCAAGGUAUGAACGACAUGUCGUUUUGGACAUCCCGUUUUAACUCAAAACCCCUUUUAUCCUUUUUAUGAAAAUUGAGAAUCUUUGUUCUGAUUAUCUUGGGGAAGAAGCUCUCUCUCAUUACGAUCCUACUUUAAUCAAUCCAUUUCAGGCUGUCUUUUUUGAAUCAUCAUAGUGAUGCAACUUCAAAGAAUCGAGUGGUUUGAUUCUUUACAUACAUCUUGAAGGAUUUGUGUAUUCUACAUGAAGAGUAGACGGAUGAAACAUGAGGGUGUUCUUCAUACUGCAUUGAGUUGCGAUGACAUCCUCUGCAAUAUCCUUAUCCGGUUACCACCCGAAUCUAUAACCAAGUUUGUUAUUGUAUCAAAGCGGUGGCUGAGCUUGAUUUGCAGCUCUUCUUUUCGGCACAGUUAUUUGAGUAGAUGGAGAGUAGAAUUUAACCUGUUAGGAUUCUUUGUGUGCAAUUCCUUGUACCUUGGAAGACCUAAAGGCGGUGCUCGUCGCCCCCGUUCUGAACCUGCUCUCCCAUUGCUGUCUUCUAGUAGAGAGGGUGAUGAUUUGAAGUUUUCUGGGGUCCUUAAAAAGCUUGGUUACUUUAUCGACUCUUCUGAUGGCCUUCUUCUUUGUGGUCGUCACCCGAAGACCUAUUUUGUAUGGAAUCCCAUCACCAAGCAACAACAUAAACUACCUCAUCCGCGGGUGCACUUUGAGGAGUUGUGCAUGGCCUUCAUUGUUGAAGACUCACCUGACGAUGAAAUCUGCUACAGGGUUGUUCGUGCAAAAUGUGAAAGCAGAUUCGAGGAGGUCAAUGUUGUUACAAUAGAAACUUUCUUGUCAAAGAUCAGUACGUGGUGUUAUUCCAAGCUGAGAUGUUCUUCAACUAUAUCUCUAUCUCCUUGGACUUCAGGUACCGUGAUUGGAGAUGUCAUCCACUGGUAUGCAGCGCAGGGGAACAUAGCUAUUUACGACCCGUAUCAUCAUGAGAAGCAUAUUGCUUUAGUUAAACUCCCGGGGCCAUUUGAUUUCGAUGAGCAAGUUCUCGGGGAGUCUUCGGACGGGUGUCUACAAUAUGGUUGGAGCUGUAAAGCUGGCCUGCAGAUAUGGGUUCUUGAAAAGGGCUUUGAUGGUUAUUCAUCUUUAUUCUCAACUAACGAACAGUCAAGUCUUUCUUGGAGCUUGAGAUAUAAGUUGAAUUUCAAAAUCAUGUGGAGAAAGAAUCCAACACUUGCCACAAAAUGUGUUACACGGAAAGAAACCGAAAUACUGGCAUUUUCUCCACAAGAUUCCAAAUCAGUCUUCAUUAGAUCUGGAUCAAGCAUAUAUCUCUAUCACAUCGGGAGUGGAAGGAUGGAAGUGAUCCAGUACCAAGGUCGCGGAUCUUCUAUCUUAUCGGAUUUUUCCAAAGUAGUACCCUACUUUAAACGAGCUUGGCCCCAAUCUACCUUGUGUUGUGGCGGAAACAGCUCGACAUGAAUGUUUGCAAUGUGCCAUGUCUGCGGAGUUCCACAACCAUAAUUUAGGUCAUACUUUGCAGGUACCCCCCUUUUCAUUUAGGUAAUUUAUGGAUGCCACUGUGAUGAUAUAUAUGUAUAUGUAUAUGAACAGCUUUAUAACCCGUGCCUCUAUCUAUGGCUUUUAUUAGGGAUCACUGAUCUUCAUCAAA